AUGGCAAACGCCAAGAAGGCUGCCAACCUGAGUCGGCAAAAGGUCAUUCGAGUGGAACGAGCGAGCAACUUGGGCGACCCGGUCCGCGGCAUUACGACUCCUUUCAUAGAGUCAUUUGACACAGCACAACCUGCAUCGAAAGCUUCGGAAAGCAGCAAAGUCAACAAGGACAUCGACUCGACAUCAUCCGGCAACCUCUCCGCCCACGCCGAGACAGACACAGAUAAUCACCUCAACUUCUUCCUGACCAAAGAUGAGCUGGCAAAGGGCAUCGAGCGGAGCAAAUGGCUGACCACGCCUUUGGUCGAAGAGGAGAUGCCGGCACGACCUUCGACAUUCGAUUCUUUGCACGGGCAGAGUGAAGACCCUGACUUCAGGGUUACGGACGAGCAAAGAGAAAGCAUAAAGGGGCUUGUUAAUGGUAUUCAGCCGAGCUCGGACGAUGGAACAUAUGAUACGACCUUUGGCGAUAACAUGACAACGCCCGAGCAACGGCAAAAGCUUGCGGAGGCGGAGCACGAGACGGCUCAGGAAGCUCUACAGCGGAUUGCCAGUCUCUCCCUGAGCAGUGGGAAAGAUCGCCUGAGGAUCAAUACCCAGAGGUGCAUUGAUGUGUUCGGACGGCACAACACGGACUCAACGCUGCCUCCGAAGCCAAAGGCAUCGGUCAAUCCGGGAACGGGACAAUUGGAGAAGACUCCACGAGUAGGACCCGACACUGGAAGCAGUGAGGUCCAGGUUGCAAUUCUGACCGCGAAGAUUCGGUCGUUGGCAGACUUGCUGGAGACACGAGGACGUACGGACAAGCACGGGAAGCGUGAUUUGCGACUACUGGUACACAGGCGAGCCAAGCUGCUGAAAUAUUUGAGGAGGAAGGAGCGUGGUGGACCAAGAUGGCAACAUCUCAUCGAGACAUUGGGCUUGACAGAGGGUACAUGGCAGGGCGAAAUCACGAUGUAA